AUGGUCGACGACGACAAACCCAAAAUCUCAAACGACAACAAGCUAAGGGUCAGCAAGAAUGUAACAGUUGUCGCAAAGCUCAACGGAUCAAACUAUUCGAUAUGGGCACGGCUAAUGAAGAUCCAGAUUGGGAGUAGAAGGGUACUCCGCCACAUCAACGGCAAUCCGCCACCACCCGAACCAGGGGCGGCAGACUACACGGAGUGGGAGGAGACCGAUCUAAUCGUCUUCUCGUGGAUCCUAGACAACAUCGAGACCGGCAUCGUCAUCGAUUUUGCUCAUCACCAAACGGCAGAGGCGUUGUGGAAAAGCCUAGCCGUAACGUUCGAAAGCACAUCCGACCCAUUCUUACUCUUCGACCUGGAGGAAAAGGCAGAGAAUGUCAAGCAAGGAGAACAAACCUUGGAGACUUAUUGGUGA